AUGACCACUAAAAGCACGAACGCGGAUCACUGUUCUCUCCAGGAUGCGAAGACCCAGGCUCAGAUCCACGCUACCAAUUCAGAAGAAACACACGAUGAAGCACCUCUUACCACCACGACCCCAAGUAUGGAUGAUGUGAGCGCAACCAUACCCUCGCCACCAUCCACGCCGUCGAAAUUUGGAGGCUUCGAGGCGAAAACGAGUUUGGGUCGAAGUAGAGUCGAAAGCGUAUCGCUCGCUGCACCACCGAACACACCCGCUGUUGAGCCCGUUGGAGCUCUGGGCGAAGACAAAGGAUUUGGAGAAAAGCUGAGAAAUAUCAGUUUGGAUGAUGUCAGGAAGAAGAAGAACAGAUUGAGUGUGGUCGCAGCUGUACAGGACAAAGAGGGAAAGGAGAGCGACAGUGAGAGAAAGAAGGAGGAGAUGGGAACAGUGUCUGAUAAUGAUGGCGACGACGAGAACGAAGAUUCUGGAGAGGAUGAUUUGCAGGAUGAUUGGUUGAAGGUGCAUCGAUCUGCCACAGGUGAAGUGUCCGAAGAGUCACCACGUGCUCAGGAGAAGCAGAAAGCGUUGUGGCUCGCCUCUUUGGUCAGAAGAUUGGGUCUGAAUGAAGGUUUCCACUCCGAUGACGACGGUUUUAUGGACGACAUUAACUUAGCUAGAAAUAUCGCGGAUCGAGAAACCAGUAGGCAAGCUGAAUCACAUCAGGCCAAAAAGUUAGCAGCCACUUAUCUCAAGCUCGAGCGGGAGAUUUGGGCUGCUCACAUCGAAUGUCAUCAGCAUCAUCUGGAGAGGUUGCACAUACAAGGGGAUACGCCGGGGUUGACUUUGGAUUAG